GGAACGAAGGGAGGAAGCGGCGCUGCUGAACCGGGAAAGGCCGAGAGGAGAAGAAGAAGAAGAAGGAGCGGCGGCGGAGGAGGAGGAGGAAGGGGAGCCAAGCCGAACCCAGCGCAGCCUCAGCGCGGUCGGAGUAGUCGGUAGUCGGCAGUCGGCUGGGGGACGAGGAGGAGGAGGAGGAGGCGAUGGAGCGGGCGGCGCGGAGGAGGCGACGCCGGAGGUGUUGAGGCGGAGAGGAGCACCGAGGAGGAGGAGGAGGAGAGGCCCUCCCUUCGCCGAUCCGCCCGCCGCCCGGCCUCGAGGGGCCGGCGGGCGGUAGGCAGGCAAGCAGGGCAGAGCAAAGGCAGGCCGCGCGGGAGGAAGAAGAGGAAGGAAGAAUACAGAGUUUCUUUGGGGACACCGCUUUGUUGGAUUUUAUCUGUAUCCUGCUAACUGCUACUUUCAGCGAUGGAAUCGACGGUUGAUGAUGAAGCGAUGGCAGCAUAAAUGAAGGCCAAGUAAGGAAGGCAGAACGAUGCCCAAGGGUGGGUGUUCUAAAACACCACAAUCGGAAGAUUUUUCUCUCAGCAACGACAUGGUGGAGAAACAAACUGGGAAAAAGGAUAAAGAUAAAGUUUCUCUAACCAAGACUCCAAAAUUGGACCGGAGUGAUGGAGGCAAAGAGGUGAAGGAGAGAGCUACGAAGCGGAAGUUGCCUUUCACUGUUGGAACAAAUGGAGAUCAGAAAGAUUCGGAUACAGAAAAGCAGGGUCCUGAGCGGAAGAGGAUUAAAAAAGAGCCUGCAACUCGGAAGCCCAGCCUCCUCUUUGGCAUGGGGCUUUCAGGAAUCCGGGCAGGUUAUCCACUGUCUGAGCGCCAGCAGGUUGCCCUUCUUAUGCAGAUGACAGCGGAGGAGUCAGCAAACAGUCCAGUAGAUACAACACCAAAGCAUCCCUCUCAGUCUACAGUUUGUCAGAAGGGAACUCCUAAUUCUGCCUCCAAAACCAAAGAUAAAGUAAACAAGCGAAAUGAGCGUGGAGAGACCCGGCUGCACCGGGCGGCUAUUCGUGGGGAUGCCAGACGUAUCAAAGAACUCAUUAUCGAGGGUGCGGAUGUCAACGUGAAAGACUUCGCAGGCUGGACAGCUUUGCACGAGGCAUGCAACCGGGGUUAUUAUGACGUUGCAAAGCAGUUGCUUGCUGCAGGUGCUGAGGUCAACACCAAGGGCUUGGAUGAUGACACUCCACUGCAUGACGCAGCCAGCAAUGGGCACUACAAGGUGGUGAAAUUGUUGUUACAUUAUGGAGGAAAUCCUCAUCAGCUCAACAGGAGGGGAGAGACGCCAUUAAAAGUAGCAAAUUCCCCUACAAUGGUGAACCUGCUCCUGGGAAAGGCCACCUAUCCUUCCAGUGAAGAGAGCUCCACAGAGAGCUCAGAAGAGGAAGAUGCUCCUUCGUUUGCACCAUCCAGCUCCAUUGAUGGCAAUAACACAGACUCUGAGUUCGAGAAAGGCCUGAAACACAAGGCCAAAAACCAGGAGCCUCCCAAAGCCAUCACACCGGUCAAGGAUGAGUACGAGUUUGAUGAGGAUGACGAGCAGGACAGGGUCCCGCCGGUUGAUGAUAAACAUCUACUCAAAAAAGACUACAGGAAAGAGACUAAAGCAAACAGUUUUAUUUCCAUCCCCAAGAUGGAAGUGAAAACCUAUACUAAAAACAGCACAAUCACACCAAAGAAAGCAGCCCAUCGCAUCCUUUCGGAUACUUCGGAUGAGGAGGACAGCAGCAUCACUGUCGGAGCCGGGGAAAAGCUGCAGCUGACCACGCAUUCCAUCCCAGCGACCAGCAAGUCUCGAGAGCCAUCCAGUGCCAAACAGCAGAAGGAGAAAAACAAAGUGAAGAAGAAACGUAAGAAGGAGGCAAAAGGCAAAGAGGUUCGGUUUGGCAAAAAAAAUGAUAAGUUUUGCUCCUCUGAGUCAGAAAGCGAGAACUUGGAAAGUGAGGAGGAUGACAGAGACUCUGUACAAAGUACUACCUGUGUAAAGGACUCUAGGAUAGUUUUAAAGGACUCUUCUUUGUUUAAUUCCCUUUCUGCCUCCUCCGCCUCUUCUCAUGGGAGCUUGGGUUCGCAAAAGCAUAACCCUACCCUUACUGAUCAGCACUCCAAACACUGGAGGACAGACAAUUGGAAAACGGUCUCCUCUCCAGCCUGGUCGGACGUCAGUUCCUUAUCGGAUUCGACAAGGACGAGGCUGACCAGCGAUUCGGACUACACGUCGGAGGAUUCGAGCCUGGAAUCCUUAAAGCCCGUGCGGAAGAAGCAGGAGCCCAAGAAGCGCACCCAGCAUGGGGCGGCCGUCGUCGUGGUAGAGAAGAAGAACUCCUUCCAUGCCAACGUUGAGGGAGCGAUUCCAAAGUUGGACAAGGAGGGGAAGGUGGUCAAAAAGCAUAAAACGAAACACAAACACAAAAACAAAGAGAGAGGUAACCAGUGCCCUGCCACCCAAGACAUUAAAAUUAUCAAAGCCUUUUCUUUUGACUAUGAGGACACUAAACAGAAGCCCGAGAAGGCUUUGAUCAUAGAGGCAGAAAACCCUGUUGAGAACAAGCUCAGGGUUUCAAAGCAUGAGAGGGAGCACUUCAAGAAGGAAGACAAAUUUCUGAAAACUAAAUCCGAGGAGAAGGAGUGGCUGUUUAAAGAGGAUGCUGGGAAAAACUCUAAGGAGGAGAAAUCCUUGAAAAAAGCCAGGGAGGCAAGUAAAGAGGUCAGUAAAUCUUUCAGAGAAGAAAAGGCCAGCAGAUUGGAAAAAGAGAAACCCAUCAAGGAGAAAUCUCCCAAAGAGGAGAAGCCUCGAAUACAUAAAGAGGAGCGGAAGAAGAAAUCCAAGGACAAGCAAUUUAAGGCUGAAAAGAAAAACGAACCGAAGGAAGAAAAAACAGCAAAGCCAGAGAAGGAGAGAGCCAUAAAAGAGGAAAAGGAGAAAUGUAAAAAAGACAAAAAUUACAGAGAAGAGCCCAGCUUUGAAGAAUUCACUAAUAAAAACCAGUUUUUGGAGAACGAAGACACAAAGUUCAGCCUCUCAGAUGAUCAGCAAGAUCGGUGGUUUUCAGAUUUGUCUUCUGACUCUUCCUUUGACUUCAAGGGAGAGGACAGCUGGGAUUCGCCAGUGACCGACUACAGGGAAAUAAAAAACGACACUGUGGCAAAACUCAUCAUUGAAACAGUGAAGGAGGAGAUAAAAGACAAGAAGCGGGAAAGCAAAGCAAAGGACAAGAGAGAGUACAACGAGAAGCGCAGCGAAAAAGAUGCUUUCCUUAAAAAGAAAGAGCGAGAAUACACUGAGCGGAACUCUGACAAGAAAAAGGACCCAACUGAGAAGCAUAAAAAUAUCCCCAGCUAUCUGCCAGAAAAGAAAAGGAAAGAUUCUGCCGAAAGCUUUAAAGAGAGAAAGGAGAAGGAAGCCAGCGAAAUUACCAGGGAGCGAAGAGACAUGUCUGAUGGUUCUAAAGACAGAAAAGACAUUAAAAUUAAACAAGAGGAGUCCUACAGGGAUGAAUUUAAGGACUACGGGUGUGAAGCAUUCUUCAAAGAGAAAUCUGAUCCCGAAUUUAGUGGGAAAAACGUAGAGACCUGGGAACGGCAUCACUCAGGAAAGGAGAAGAAGGAUGCGUUGGAGAAGGAUAAGAAAGAAAAAUUAAAAACAGAAAAAUACAAGGAGAAAUCCAAAGCUGAGGACAAAGAGCGAAAUGAGAAGACUCUUUCUGAAAAAAACCAGAAAGACAAAGAAUUAGAUAAAGGUUUUAAAGAGAAGAAAGAUACAAAGGAGAAAUAUAAAGAACCUCACAACAAAGACAAAGAGAGGAAGGGUUCCUCGGAUCAGGUGAAAGAGAAGAAGGAGAAGAACUUUUCUGGGGAUAGGGAUGACUUCCACGAGAGGAGAGAGGAGAAAAAAAGCCGGGAGAGGACCUGGUAUAACAUCUUGGACAUUUUCACCGAUGAAAGUGAGGAUGAGAAGGAUGACUACAGCCUGAGUGGAUUCAAAUUUGGAGAGGGCAUUGGGGGUGAAAUGCACCGGCUGGAUGGCCUGCAAGACAAAGAGGAUGGCCUGGUAGCCGAGAGAGACCUUUAUGUCCCCGAAAAACACAGGAAAUACUCUUCAGAUAGGCCACAUUCUGCUGAGAAGCAGAAGGACAAAGAAGCCAAAGAGAAGAGGAAGGACAAAGGCCUAGCAGAGAGUGGGAAGGAGAAGAAAGAAAAAAGCUCGCUGGAAAAACACAAAGAGAAGAAGGAGAAAGAUUCGGUGGAGAAGUACAAAGAUAGGAAAGAGCGAGCCUCCAUAGACUCUGUCCAGGAGCGGAAGACCAAGCAGAAGCUUCCCGAAAAAGUGGAAAAGAAACAUGCUGGGGAAGAGAAAGUAAAGAGCAGACAUAAGGAAAAGCUUGAUAAGGAGUAUACCAGGGAAAAGCGGUCUUCCAAAGGGGGAGAGUCAGAGAAGAGUAUGCUUGAGAAACUGGAGGAGGAAGCCCUCAACGAAUACAGAGACGAUUCCAAUGAUAAAAUCAGCGAGAUUUCUUCUGACAGCUUCACGGACAGAGGGCAAGAGCCAGUUCUUGCUGGUCUCUUUGAGACUUCCAACCUUUCUCUUGCAGAUGCUUCUGAGGAGAAAUUCAAGGAGUCCCUGCCUUUGCCUUGCCUGCCAGACAAACUCAAGGAAAAGGAGCGGCACAGACAUUCUUCAUCAUCCUCAAAGAAAAGCCACGAAAAGGAGAAAGCAAAGAAAGAGAAAGCAGAGAAAAAAGAUAAAACAGAUGAGUUUAAAGACUCCGGCAGCAGGAAGGAUUCCAUUCAGUAUGACAAGGAUUUUGCAACAGAUGGAGAUGGCUUUGGUGUUUCCUAUGGCACGAAGGUCGAGGCUGAAGAAGAAGUGGAUAAAAACACAGAGUACUUGUUUUCUGAAAAAAAGGACAAGAAUGACUCGGAAAGAGAACUUCCAAAGAAGUCAGAAAAGGAGAGAGCCUACAGCUCCAACGCACCCAGCACAGCCAAAGAGAAGAAAAAGAGGGAGAGGCACAAAGAGAAGUGGAAAGAAGAGAGGGAGAAGCACAAAGACAAACACACCGAUGGGUUCUUCAAGCACCACAAGGAGGAGCAGAAGUCGGUCAAAGACAAGGACGGCUCUCAGGUAAUCUCUGCAAAAGACAAAUCUAAAGAGGAGCCGCCCAAAUUUAAUGAUCUCAAAGUGAAAGACCGACUCAAGGAAAACCAAGAAAAGGACAAAUCGGAGUGUAUUAAAAUGAGCAACGGGAACGAUAAAAUCACCUUAUCCAAAGAGGGCAACAAGAAAGACAGGCCCAGGGAAAAGCUCUUGGGGGACGGCGACCUCAUGAUGACCAGCUUUGAGCGGAUGUUGAGCCAGAAAGAUCUCGAGAUUGAGGAGCGCCACAAGAGGCACAAAGAGCGGAUGAAACAGAUGGAGAAGAUGAGGCAUAGGUCUGGAGACCCUAAAUUAAAAGACAAAGCCAAGGCCAAUGAAGAAAUGCGUAAGAGGAGCCUGGAUUUGAGUACAAAGAAACCUCUUGCACUUGACACUCAGUUGAAGGACAAAAAAAUCAAAGACGUAGGCCCCCUUGCUCCCAUAGUGUCUCUGGAUAGCAAGCCCCAACCCACAGUCGGAGUGGAUUCCAAGGACUGGAUAGCCGGCCCUCAGUUGAAGGAGAUCUUACCGGCUUCUCCGAGGCCGGAUCAGAACAGGCCCACGGGAGUCCCAACCCCUGCCUCUGUCGUUUCUUGCCCAAGCUAUGAAGAAGUGAUGCAGACACCCAGGACCCCCUCCUGCAGCAAUGAAGACUAUACAGAUCUGAUAUUUGACUGCGCCGACUCCCAGCAUUCACUACCCAUCUCCACCAUGUCUAUGAAUGCUUGCUCUCCAUCCUUUUUUGACAGAUAUUCGAAUCCUUCCAGCGGAUUCGCCGAGAACCCAAGUCAGACCCCAACUAGAACCAUUCCCUCCACAAAUCUUCACCGUUCCAUGUCUGUGGAUAUCAGGAGAGCACCAGAAGAGGAGUUCAGUGUUGGGGACAAAUUUUUCAGGCAACAGAGUGUCCCAGCCACGUCGAAUUAUGACUCUCCAGUUCAGCACUUAAUGGAGGAAAAAGUCCCUCUUCCUUCUGUUCCCAUAGAAAAGUUUCCGUGUUUGUCUCCAGAAUAUUACUCACCAGAAUAUGGUGUCCCAUCUCCUAAAGUGGAGGCAUUGCAUUGUGCGCCAGGAACUGUGGGCAGCGUUGUCCACUCUCCCGAAAGUGUGUUUUCAGGACUGCAAGCCAAAUCUUCCCCUUCUCAUAGAGAUGAGCUGCUUGCCCCAUCUGUUGAAAGUGCUCUCCCACCCGAUCUUGGCCUGCCUUUGGAUGCCACAGAAGAGCAACAGGCCACUGCUUCCAUUAUGCCCCCAGAGUCCAGCUUUUUACCACCGAUUGAGGAGAAUGAGUUUGACCAGAACAGCACUGAGUGGGAGAACGCUCCAAAAAGAGCCCUGGAACCUCUUGGGCCUCCCAGCUUGAUAGGCAAUCCCUCUGAGCAUCCUGUCAGCUGGUCCAUGGGAUCAGAGUUGCUCAUGAAAUCUCCUCAGCAGGUCCCUGACUCCCCAAAGCCCUUUUCUUCUCCAGAUACCACACAUCCUACGCCAGCGCCUUUCAUUGCUGCAGAUUCCCUCUAUCCCAGUUCCCCUAUUUCAUAUCCCAUCUCAGUGAUUGAAUCGGGGCUGGAGAAGGCAAAGGAAAACGCUGAAGGAGCAAUUCCAGCAGAAGUAGCCACCGCAGAACAACAGGCUCCAUAUGCAGAUUCCCCUGUAAGGUUGGACACUUUCUUUAGUAGCACCAAAUCUGUCCCAGAAGAGGGGUCUGACACACCAUUGCAGCCGGCGAGCAUGCCAGCAGAAUCCCAGGUGGAGGCGGUUAAUACUCUUGAAAAAGAGAAUUACUUGGAGAACAGCACCAUGGCCCCAGGGAACCCCGAGGAGCAGGUCACGUGGCCUGAUCCGUUCGCAAAUGCAGAAGAUGAUUUGGACUUGGGACCCUUCUCUUUACCAGAAUUGCCACUGCAGACAAAAGACGUUCCAGAGGCUGAAAUGUCAGAGGCUGAGGCAGCUGAAGGAGGUCAUGCAACCACAUCUGAAACUGGAGCUGCUGUGCUUGCAGAUGUUGGGGUAUCUUUGGGGUCUGCAGAGAAUAAAGAGGAGCUAACUCUGAACCAUCCCAACAUCCAGACUGGGGAACCAGAAGUGCAAGUUGAUGAGCCAAAGUCAGAUGAGAUUUCAGUAGACGUUGGGUCAGAAACAUUAAGUGCUCCAGAGCUGAAGAGUAUAGAAGAGUCAGAGACUCCCCAGAAUAUUCACGAAGCAACAGCAGCAGAUCUUGCUCAGUUGGAGACCAAGAAGGUGGAAGCCAACUGCGAAGAACCCUCCUCAGCUGCUCUUGUGUCGGAAAUUGGCUCUCAAGCUGGUGUGUGCCAAGCCCCCAAGACUGUGAGCUCUGAUGUUCAAGAGGUGGCGGCAGUCAGGGGUGCCAACCAGGCCCCUCCUUCCCAGGUUGAGGUGCCACCAGGGAGUGUCCAAUUGGAAACCACAGAACCACCACCAAAACCAGUUCCCGAAACUCCAAAGCCCCCCAAAAUAGAAGAGAUCCCACAACGGAUCACCAGGAACCGAGCCCAGAUGCUUGCCAACCAAAACAAGCAGAAUGCCGCUGCUUCUGAGAAAGAAUACCCUCCUCCUGCCUCUGCACCCACCACGCGGGCAAAGGGGCGUGUCACAGAGGAGGAAGACCCCCAGGCCCAGCACCCACGGAAGCGCCGGUUCCAGCGCUCCAAUCAGCAGCUGCAACAGCAGAUCAACACCUCCACCCAGCAGACACGGGAGAUGAUCCAACAGACACUGGCGGCAAUUGUGGACACCAUCAAGCUGGACGACAUUGAGCCUUACCACAGCGACAGAUCCAAUCCAUACUUCGAAUAUCUACAGAUUAGGAAGAAGAUCGAGGAGAAGCGGAAAAUCCUCUGCUACAUCACUCCCCAAGCACCCCAGUGUUACGCUGAGUAUGUCACCUAUACGGGCUCCUAUCUGCUGGACGGCAAACCUUUGAGCAAGCUGCACAUUCCGGUGAUCGCACCCCCUCCAUCCUUGGCAGAGCCCCUCAAAGAGCUCUUCAAACAGCAGGAAGCAGUCCGUGGCAAGUUGCGGCUCCAGCACAGUAUUGAGCGGGAGAAGCUGAUUGUGUCAUGCGAACAAGAGAUUCUGAGGGUUCAUUGCCGGGCAGCGAGGACGAUAGCCAACCAAGCUGUGCCCUUCAGCGCCUGCACCAUGCUUCUGGACUCAGAGGUGUACAACAUGCCUUUGGAAAAUCAGGGAGAUGAAAACAAAUCUGUCAGGGACCGUUUCAAUGCCCGCCAGUUCAUUUCCUGGUUGCAGGAUGUGGAUGAUAAAUACGACCGGAUGAAGACGUGCCUCUUGAUGCGGCAGCAACACGAAGCGGCAGCCUUGAACGCGGUGCAGCGGAUGGAGUGGCAGCUGAAAGUGCAGGAGAUGGACCCUGCCGGGCAUAAAUCCCUCUGUGUCAAUGAGGUGCCCUCCUUCUAUGUGCCAAUGGUAGACGUGAAUGAUGACUUUGUGCUCUUGCCGGCAUGACAGUACCAGGCCUGGAUACAUUCUUGCUGCAAACUGGCACGGGUGGGUGCCCACCCCCACUACCGUCACCCCGAGAACGGGGGCAGGUGCUCACACACCCCUCAAACCGCUUGCUGAUGAAUCCCUAGUCAGAUGAGGAGGAAGCAGAAAAUCAACGGGAACACCUAAACAGAACAGACAAAAGCAAAACACAAAUGGCACUUUCUUCGCAACUGCCUCCCCGCGCACCAGGGGAAGGGGAGGAGUGGCUCCUUUCACCCCAGCCGCUGUGGCGGAAGGCAGACAAGCAGGCAGGCCGGCAAGCUGGCAGCCGGCUAACCCGCACACAGCGGCCUGUACAGGACUGGAAGGCGGGGAAGAGACUGAUGGAAGCAGGGAGCAGGAGGAAUCCUGGGACAGUCUCUCUGCAGUGCAUCAGCCGCCAGGCUGGCCAGAGGCAGCCAGCCAGCCCCAUUGGCGCAGCAUUUGCGAUCACAGCUGUUUCCAGCGCUUCGAUCUUUCCGUUUGCCCGCGGGUGGACCACGCCUUGGAGGCUACCUGAGGGUGGGUUGGGGGUUCCUGGGGAAGGGCAAGGCAGGGUAGGGAGGGGGAGAUCUUUCGCUUUGCAUCAAUAGCAUUGAUUGACGAGGGAAGCCUGUCGCAAGACCCGCGCGGUCAGACUGGAAAACCAGGGUGGCAUUUGGGGUCGCCCUCAGAACCACGCUGGAGGCAGCAGGCGCCCCACCAAGCACUGUCAAGUAAGUGGCGCAGAGCAAGGACUUUGCCGUUCUGUUUUUAAAAUGGAGUAAAAUCCGUAUGGUUUAUAUAUAUAUAUAAAUAUAUAUAUAAAUAUAUAUAUAUAUAUUUUCCUUUAAUCUUGGGCAUUUUGUUUCUCUUUCUGAGAACGUAACUUGAAAAAAAAAGAAAAGAAAAAGAUAAAACACUACAAGAGCCAAUACUCGUAUAAAGAGAAAAUUGUAUCCCGUAAAAGCUGUACAGUUUUAUAUACAUUAACAAUGUACUUUUUGCUGCCUUCUAGAUAAUUUAUUUUGCAACACAUUACUGCACAGUUGUAAAUAACUUAUGUACUGUAACAUCACUUUCAGUCAUGUGUAAAGAAAUAAAUUAAUUAAAAUGA